GACAUAAAGUUUAUGGUGUUAUAAACGUAUACAAACACAUGGACCAAGGGCUAGACCGAGAUGGACAUACAGGCCUGCACUGACCACAUGAGCGACGAGGAAGUUGACGUGGAGGACGUCACAAUGGACGAGAGUUUCCUCUCCAUGGACGCCAGCCUCCUGCUUCAACUCAGCACAGCAGCAGCCAUAGCCAACCAGGAGGUCCCCGCCAACCCGGCUGCCAACCCUUUUGAACAUCACCAAGUCUACACCGUGUACGUAGCCAAUGACGGGGAAGAUAUGAUGAACCUUGACCCUCACGUGGAACAAGUGUCUAUAUCUCAUGACGUCAUUGACAAAAGUAACGAGCAGAACAAAGAAAAUCUCGAAACUCCCAUUGCGGUAGUUCCAGAACAAACCGAUCCCCCUACAGUGCCGCCGAUUGUUAUUGAAAAACCAAGCACCAAUCUAAAACGUAAGCUUUCAUCACAUGACUUAACCAACCAAUCAAAAACAAGCUUACAAAUUAAAAAGCCGGCAGUUCCGGCUCCAGUUACGGCUCCAGUUCCGGCUCCAGUUCCGGCUCCAGUUCCGGCUCCAGUUACGGCUCCAGUUCCGGCUACAGUUACGGCUCCAGUUACGGCUCCAGUUACGGCUCCAGUUACGGCUCCAGUUACGGCUCCAGUUACGGCUCCAGUUACGGCUCCAGUUCCUGCUCCAGUUCCGGCAAACAUCAGCCCCGAAGACAGCGACACCAAGGCCAGACGCCAGAAAGUCAAAGAAUGGCUGCGCAUGGAUUCCAACGAGCAGACGUCAAAAGACCCGCCACUUCCGUUCGACCAAAAGAGCAUCUGCUCCACCUCCAGCGACACCACCAACCAGCUGAACAUCAACACGGAGAUCUACAACAUCGAGAACGUUCCACACUGGGGGAAGGACUACGUCAAGAGAAGCUUCAACUACAAGAACAGCUUCAUCGACACCUACUGCGACGUGGUGGACUUCAACGACGCCCUCAACAACAACCCCACCUUCAACACGGAACAACAGUCCCUGCCCAUCAACUAUGCUGGGUUCAUUGCUGUCUUCUCUGACCCCAAGUCAUAUGACCCCAAAUACCCGAAUGACCUACUUAAAGACGUCAUCAACAAGGAGGGCAUCUGGCUGACCUUCGGCUGCCACCCCAGACAUGCGCACACCUUCGGUAAAGAUCACGUGCCCACCCUGCAGCUUGUGCUGUCCAAGGACCAAACAGUCGCUGUUGGACCGUGUGGCCUCAACAGCAGUCUCUCAUCGACCGUAGAACAGCAGACCUUUGCCUUCAAGAGCCAGGUCGAGCUCGCUGUACAGAUGAAGCUACCCAUAGUCCUCCACUGUUCUGAGAUGGAAGAUGAAUGUAUGCAGAUAUUGAAGAAGCAUGCACCGCGCACACAGAUGAUCCACAUCCAGGGAUUCACCGGAAGUAAGACCCAGGCCAGCCAAUGGCUAUCUGUCUUCUCCCGAGUCUACUUUGGUCUGACGCCGGUCAUUGCCGACAAGACCGUGCCGUCACACGUCAAGGAGAUGGUCCGGUUUCUUCCCAUGAACCGGAUCUUGUUGGAGUCCGGGGCACCGGACUAUGUGCCGGAAAUGUUCCGGAAGUACGUGUCAAUGUCUCACUUUGGCUUCGCCCUGUUCACGGCCAAGUUUAUCGGCGAGGUGAGACGUCUCACCACUGAUGAGGUGUUCAAGGCAUGCCGGGAAAACACCAAGCACGUGUACGGGAUAUAGCAUUCGCUACAAGGGUAGCCACAAGACACAUGCAGGCUACAGGAUAGCCUUGUUGGGUAGAGUCA